CCAUGGGAGCAGUGGGAAGAGGAAGAGCUGGACUGAGGGAGUGAUGUUGACUGUCAGCUUGGAAGGAGGACACCUGGCCAAAGGGGAUAUGAUGGACCUUGACCUCACCUUGUCCAUGAAGGAAUACACCCCAGAGAGCGCCAUGGCCCCUUCCCCUGUUAGGGAGGGGAAGAGAAAGAGGGGACAAACUGGGGAAGAAGACGAGGAAGAGAACAGAGGGAAGGAGAACACGUGUCCCAUCGAAGCGGUGUCGUCAUUUUCAGAGAAGUCAACCCCCCUCAGAAAGGUCAGAGGUCAGAGCAGAGGAGGUCAGACCAGACUGUUCCUCCAGGGCGAGGGGCAGGGAGGCGCGGCUCUCGCCCCUCAGAACACUCCUCCACAGAGAGGCAAGGGUCGACCGGCCAAGACACCCACUACACAGACUGCCCCAUUGGUCAACCCGUCAGGUCGCUGGGGUCAGAGCCUGUGCCCCAUCGACCCCCAGACAGCCAUUCUGAUUGGAGGGCAGGGAUCCAGGAUGCACUUCUGCAAGGACCCCAUGUGGAAGCUGUGCACUGAGGACAUGUCAUGGGUUCCCGCGGAGACGCUGGCAGAAGGCCCCACCCCCGAGGCCCGGAUUGGCCAUACUGCGACCUACGACCCUGAUUCCAAAAGAAUAUUUGUGUUCGGGGGUUCUAAGAACAAAAAGUGGUUCAAUGACGUUCACAUCCUGGAUACACAGAGCUGGAAGUGGAGCACAGUGGAGGCCCAGGGAAAAGUACCUCCAUUAACCUAUCACAGCUGCAGCAUGUUUCGGGGUGAGCUAUUUGUCCUGGGAGGGGUGUUCCCUCGCCCUCACCCUGAACCCGACGGCUGCAGUGACUCCCUCUACAUCUUCGACCCACAUCUCUCCAUUUGGUACCAGCCCAUCGUCACAGGCGACAGGCCCGCCCCCCGCUCAGGUCACUCUGCCUGCGUUAUCCAGGGGAAGAUCUAUGUGUUCGGAGGCUGGGACACUCCACUGUGCUUCAACGACAUGUACAUGCUUGACCUGGGACUGAUGGAGUUUUCGUCUGUUCAGACCAAUGGAUCACCCCCUUCUCCUCGCAGCUGGCAUGGUUGUGUGCUACUCUCUGACUCUACGUUUGUGGUCCACGGGGGAUACAACGGGAACCAGGCCCUCAAUGACACCUUCACCUUCAACACAGACACCAACACCUGGACUGAGCUGGUUCACCCACAGCUCUCCGUGCCCAGAGCUGGACAUUCCAUCAUCACCAUGGCGCUAGCCAAUCAAAACCUUUCAUUCAAGGAUGACGGCAACGAACGGAACUCCGACCGCACCCCCAAAACCCUGCUGGUAUUUGGAGGGGGCGACAACGAGGGGACCUUCUAUUCCGACCUGACGACCCUGACUGUCGCUGAACUGCUGGACCAGAACUAAUGCUGUGUUUAAUAACCAAGUGGGAAUUUACCGCGUACACCUGGGGAGAAAUCCACUUGAAUGCCUCUCCUAAUGGUCAUUACUGAUGGGACACUUGUAUAUUAUCCCUGAGCUCCGACUUCUCUCACAUUCUGACCUCCCUUAAGUAAGGAAAUGACCCCAAUAACCGCAUUUUCGGCAGCUAAAUGCAAUAACAAACCAUUAUUUAUAAAAAGCUAUCUAUUCAUGUUUUUUAUUUUUUUAUACUAUAAUUUGUUUGUGAGCAUGAUAACAGUACUUCUAGUUUUAUGGUUGACGCAGCUCGUUUUUCCAUUAGCCAAUCUGCGUUAAUCAACAAGUUAAAAGCACGUGAAUAAAUCCACCUGGUAUUUACUUCCCACUUGGUUAUGAACACAACAUAAACCACAUGASUGGAAUCCUAAAUGGCACCCUAUUCCCUAUAUAGUGCACUACUUUGGACCAGGGCUCUGGCCACAUACACAGCCCCUGUGGGUGUAUUAGAGGAAUCUCACAGAUCUGCUGUAAAGUCUGAUGUUUUCACGUCAUUCGAAACAGGAAGUGCUAGUCGCUUUGUUUUCAACUGUCUCUCAGGGUGCUGAGAGACUGGUCAGACUGAUGUUAUUGAUACAUUAAAACAUGUAUACAUUCCAGGAAAUAUAUAUUUCUGUGGUGCACUGCUUUUGACCAGAGCCCUAUGUAGGGAAUGGGUUGCAGUUUCUGAACUCAAGUCGUCUGGGUCGUGUUCAUCAGUGCACACUAGCAAAACUGCAACAGAAAAUGAUGAGGGUUCCUUAUUGGACAAAUUAAGGUAGUUGUUCUAUUUCGGACAGUUUUGGUUCCUAAUGAAUACAACCCUGGGGUUUAUAAAGUGAGGAUUUAUGGUUUGACUGAACCCUUUUGCACAUCAAGUGCAGUGUUUUUUUAAUUAUUAUUUUGGUCAGCCUAGAGAUKUAAUGUGUGUGUGUACAAGUAGUUUAUUUUUUUACUUUAGAUAGUCAUUAACCAUAAUGGAAAUAAACUAAAGCAUAAUUUGAA